AAUGUUUAAGAAAUAUUACUUAACAAGCAGUUAUCAACAUUCAGCUAUUGAGAUUUACCUAAAAAGAACGUUCAGCUAUUAAGGACAUUGCAAGACUUUAGCAGAAUAUAAAUAAUGGAUUUAAAAUGAAAGAUAAUCCAUAUUUUGUGUUUUUCGAAAGAAAAAAAAAAAAAGAGUACAAAAUGUCAAUGAUUUUGACGACACAUUAAAUUCAUAAAUUGACAUUACCCCAAAUAAUAAUAUAAAAUGAUUAUAUAUUAGCCUUGUCCUGUGGUGCCAACGACUGCUUCAACUGUUGGUGUCUAACUUUCUGUGCAAGAGUUAAUAAGCAUUCAUAAUGGGCUCACUGGUGACAGUCACAAUUGACAUUGGGUGGUUGUCUCAAUUAAUUUGAUUCAGGACUGGCAACAACACAAAGUUUUGAACUCGACGUAGCAAAACGGUGGGCAUGAAAAUAUAAACUGGAUCAAAGGACUAAAUUCAAAUCCAUUCAAUUGAGACUGUCACGAGUCUCAAAGAGUGUAUAAACUAUUGAUUUAUGUUCUUUGCUAGAUAAAAGUUCAUAUAUUAUCUCCACAAAACUCAAACUCAUGGAAAAAGUUUCUUUCCUUUUGUCCAUUGCACAGUUGAUACACUGUUGUUCUAUGCUUUGUUUGGCUAGGUCUGACAAAAACUUGAAUACAGAUCAAUCUGCUCUUCUUGCCUUUAGAGCCCACAUCACUUCUGACCCUGAAGAUGUUUUGGCCAAAAAUUGGUCUUCCACUACCUCUGUGUGCAAUUGGAUUGGUGUGUCUUGUGAUCUCACUCACCAAAGGGUCACUGCCUUGCAUCUUUAUGAUAUGGGACUCAAAGGCACCAUCACUCCACAUCUUGGAAAUCUCUCAUUUCUCACAUCACUUGACAUCAGUCGUAACAAUUUCAACGACUAUAUUCCCAAAGAGAUUGGCAAACUUUCUAGAUUGAAAGUAUUAAACUUGAGUUUUAACGAGCUCACGGGUUUCAUACCAUCUAGCAUAUUCAACAUUUCUUCUUUGGAAAUGAUUGUUCUUGCAAAUAAUAGCCUAUCUGGUAGCCUGCCGGUAGACAUGUGUAGCCAUCUUCCUGAACUUGAAUUACUCUCUCUUUCUCUGAAUCAGCUUAACGGCCAAAUUCCAUCCAAUUUAUACAGAUGCAGGAAACUCCAAGUUCUAUCAUUGUCAUUCAAUGAAUUCAAUGGCAGCAUACCUAGAGAAAUUGGAAAUCUGACUAUGCUCAUGGAGUUGUAUCUUGGGAAAAACAGCUUGGAAGGUGUAAUUCCAUCCGAGAUAGGUAAUCUUCCACAUCUUGAAAUAUUGAGCUUCCAAAGUGGCUCUCUAACAGGGUCGAUUCCAUCUUCAAUCUUCAACAUUUCUUCUUUGAGAAGUAUUGAUUUCGCAAACAACAGCCUGUCUGGAAACCUCCCAGUAAGCAUCAAUAAUGAUUUCCCUGUUCUUGAAGAGCUGUAUCUUCAUCGAAAUCAGCUCACUGGUCAUAUUCCGUCCAACUUAUGGGAAUGCAGAGGGCUCCGAGUAUUACAAUUGUCGUAUAAUAAAUUCACAGGCAGCAUAUCUAAGAAUAUUGGAAACCUUACUUUGCUCAAAGAUCUAUAUUUGAGUGGUAACAGUUUUACAGGUACAUUACCUGAUGAGAUUGGUAACCUUAAUCUUGAAGGAUUUAGUAUCCAUCAAAACAGCCUAACUGGCCUCAUUCCGUCCAAUAUCUUCAAUGUGACAACAAUGAAAUUCUUUGAUUUGAAUGACAACCAAUUCUCAGGGCAUCUUCCUUCAACCAUGGGGCUUUGGCUUCCCAGUCUUGAAGAGCUUUAUCUAGGAAGUAAUAAAUUCAGCGGAAAAAUCCCAAGCACUAUAUCCAAUUGUUCUAAGCUUACCAUUCUAGUCAUGGGAAGCAACUCAUUCACUGGCUCAAUACCAAAUACACUUGGUAGUUUAACACUCCUACAACGGCUCUUAGUUGGUGAAAAUAACUUGACAGUGGAAUCUUCUACUGGGGAAUUAAGAUUUUUCACUGCUUUGACCAAUUGUAGACAUUUGGAAUUAGUGAGCAUAUCACUAAAUCAAUUUAAUGGCAUGCUCCCUGAUUCAUUGGGGAAUUUGUCCAUUUCUCUACGACGCCUUGAAGCAUUUGGAUGCAAGAUCAAGGGCAGCAUCCCUAGUGGAAUCGGCAAUUUGAGCAGCAUGGAUGCCAUACUCUUGGAUAGCAACGAGUUAAGCGGACCUAUCCCAACAACAAUCGGAGGGUUACAGAAUCUUGAACGUUUGUAUCUUGAACACAACAGACUACAAGGACCCAUUCCAAAUGAUCUUUGCAAGUUAACUAAGCUCGGAGACAUUUACGCAAGUAACAAUAAGCUUUAUGGACCGAUACCGAAAUGCUUGGGAGAACUCAAGUCUCUAAGAAGACUGUACUUGGACUCCAACAACUUGACUUCAGUGAUACCUCCAAACUUGUGGAGCCUUGAGGAUCUAUUGGGUUUGAAUUUAUCCACAAACUCUCUCAGAGGUAAUCUACCACUCGAUAUCGGGAAUUUGAAGGUCAUAACACAAUUAGACUUGUCGUGGAACCAGUUAUCAGGUGAUAUCCCCAGCACCAUUGGAAGCGCUCAAUCAUUAGUUAAUUUCUCCUUGGCGCAUAAUGAACUGCAAGGACAUAUUCCUCAAUCACUGGGCAACUUGAUAAGCUUGGAAUUCUUAGAUCUAUCCAACAACAAUUUUUCUGGAGAGAUUCCCAAGUCCUUAGAGAUGCUCAGGUAUCUCCAAUAUUUGAAUGUAUCUUUCAAUAGACUCCAAGGAGAAAUUCCUACUGGAGGACAUUUUGUGAACUUUACAGCUCAAUCAUUCAUGCAUAAUGAUGCACUUUGUGGCCUAGCCCAACUGCAAGUCCCGCUUUGCAAAACCAACAAGAACCAAAGAUCGAGGUCAAAAAUUGUACCGUUGUUGAAAUAUAUUUUACCUCCUAUUGCAUUGAUAACUCUUGUGGUGGCUCUCAUAAUUGUGUUGAUACGCCGAAAACGAAUGGUCAAAUUAUCAACAAAUGCAGAUUUGUCACCUCUGACAUGGAGAAGAAUUUCUUACCUAGAGCUUUUACAAGCAACAGAUGGAUUCAGCGAAGCCAACCUUCUUGGCGUUGGAAGUUUUGGUUCGGUAUAUAAAGGAACGCUUUCAGAUGGGAUGAUUAUUGCCAUAAAGGUUUUCAAUUUGCAAUUAGAAAGAGCAAUCAAGAGUUUUGAUGUCGAAUGUGAAGUGAUAUGCAAUACUCGCCAUCGAAAUCUGAUAAGAAUCAUUAGCAGUUGCACUAAUAACAUGGAUUUCAGAGCCUUGGUACUAGAGUACAUGCCUAAUGGGAGCUUUGAGAAGUGGUUGUAUUCGCACAACUAUUGUUUGGACAUCCUACAAAGGUUAAACAUAAUGAUAGAUGUCGCAUCAGCCUUGGAAUAUCUCCAUCAUGGUCAUGUAACACCCAUUGUUCACUGUGAUUUGAAGCCCGAGAAUGUCCUACUUGACGAAGAUAUGAUUGCACAUGUUGCUGAUUUUGGCAUUGCCAAACUCUUUGGUGAAGGGGAUCUUAUGGCACAAACCACGACCUUGGCAACAAUUGGGUAUAUGGCACCAGAGUACGGAAUGGAAGGAAGAGUAUCAACAAGAUGCGAUGUCUAUAGUUAUGGUGUCUUGUUGAUGGAAAUAUUUACAAGGAAGAGGCCGACAGAUGAAAUGUUUGCUGGAGAGAUGAGCUUGAGGCGUUGGGUGAAGGAAGCAUUAGAUGGUUCAAUAAUUGAAGUUGUGGACAGCAAUCUGAUAGGAACAGAGGAUGAAAAUUUCUCUGUUAAGGAGGAAUGUGUGUCAUAUAUCUUGGGUUUGGCCCUAGAUUGUUCAAGUGAUAAACCCGUGGAAAGGAUCGACAUGAAAGAGGUCUUGGUUAGGCUUGAGAAAAUAAAAAUCUCCUUUUCAGAAAAUAUUGGAAUGGCUGGCAAGAAAAAAGCUAUGAAUUAACAGGAAGUGACAGAAAUUUGUAGAGUUCUUUAUUGGCCUGUUGGGUUAUUUGUGGGGAAAAAAUUGUACUUUUGGUGGGUAUGCCCUCUAUGUCUGUGUAUUUUAUGGCUUUUAGCCUUUUCAAUGAAAUAGCUUACCUUUCAAAAACAAAAAAAUCAAUGAGUUGUUGCAUUUGUUAUAGAGGAUUUCUUGACCAAAUGUUUUUAAUUAGUUAAUGUAUUCAAAAUAUAAAAAAGUGGGACCAUUCACUCAUAAAUAAUCAAUCAAAGGAUUUUGUCCAACUCUCCGGCGGCAAGUAUCACUACUCUUUGAUUAGAUUGCAUAAAGUUUGGGAAUGAAUGCCAAGGGUUUAGUCUACCACUCUCUGAUUAAACAGGACAAAUAAAAAAAUAAAAAAAUGAGUAGUAAAUAGUAUUUUGAUAGGACUUGAGAAACUGCAUUGCCGAAGAUCUAGACCUCAAGUUUAAGUAAACUCCACAUUUUAAAGCAAAGCAACUCUCCUUACACUUCCACUC